GAGGAGCGGGAGGAAGCCGGCGGCCAGAAACGGCAGUGGCAGCAGCGUCCGGAGCAGCCGCUGCCUUCUGGAAGCUCCAGGCGGUCUUUCUGCCGAGCCUCGGUCCCGGCCCCCAUCCUCCCCGCCCCAUCGGUUGUUGUCUGGGCGGAUUUAAACAGUCAAGUAAAAUCAAGCUGGGUAAUCAUGGCAGAAGGUGGAUUUGAUCCCUGUGAAUGUGUUUGCUCUCAUGAACAUGCAAUGAGAAGACUGAUCAAUCUGUUACGGCAGUCCCAGUCCUACUGCACAGACACAGAGUGUCUUCAGGAAUUACCGGGACCCUCUGGUGAUAAUGGCAUCAGUGUUACAAUGAUCUUAGUAGCCUGGAUGGUUAUUGCAUUGAUCUUGUUCUUACUGAGACCUCCUAAUCUAAGAGGAUCCAACCUACCUGGAAAGCCAACCAGUCCUCAUAAUGGACAAGAUCCACCAGCUCCUCCUGUGGACUAACUUUGUGAUAUGGGAUGUGAAAAUAGUUAACACUUUGCACGACCAAACGAACGAAGAUGACCAGAGUACUCUUAACCCCAUUAGAACUGUUUUUCCUUUUGUAUCUGCAA